AUGUCUGAACCACAUUCUUCAAAUGAAUCAAGUUCCACAGUCACACAACAUUCUCAAGAACUUGAAAAAGAUAUAGAAGCAGUUUAUCCACCACCAAAAGAAGCAAUUAAUGAAAAUGAUCCAGACAUUGAUGGAGGUUAUGCAUGGGUAAUUUUAGCAGCUGGUGUUAUGUUCAAUUUUUGUACAUGGGGUAUGAAUUCUGGAUUUGCUAUUUAUUUUGCUCAUUAUAUUGAAAAUGAUACAUUUGAAGGAGCCACUAAAAUUGAUUAUGCUUACAUUGGGGGUAUUGCAUUUGGAGUUGGUUUAUUUUUUAGUCCGUUAGUUAUAUAUAUGAGAGGUAUAGUUGGAUAUUUACCAAUUUUAAUAUUGGGUAAUAUUUUACAAUUUACUUCAUUAAUGUUAGCAAGUUGGUCAAAAAAAUUAUGGCAAUUAUAUUUAACUCAAGGUUUAAUGCAAUCAUUUGGUUUAGCAUUUUUAAGUUUAAUUGCAACUCCAAUAAUUGGAGAAUGGUUUAAAAAAAAAAGAGUAUUUGCAAAUGGAGCAGCUGCUGCUGGUAGUGGAUUAGGUGGGAUUGUUUUUAAUUUAGGUAUGCAAAAAGUUGUUGAAACAAGAGAUGUUCAUUGGGCACUAAGAGCUCAAGCCAUUAUAGGAUUUGGUAUUACUUGGAUUGCAAUUUUAUUAGUACGUUCAAAAGCAUCAACUCAUAAAUUAGAAUUUAAUUUAUUUGAAUUUUCAGUUUUUAAAUUUGCUGGAGUUUAUUAUAUUAUUUGUUUUGUUUUAUGUUGUAUAUUUGGUUAUGUUAUAUUAUUAUAUACUUUAGCUAAUUGGGUACAAACUUUAGGUUAUAGUUCAUAUCAAGCAUCAAUUGUAAGUGCUAUGGUUCAAGUUGGUAGUUUAUUUGGUCGUCCUUGUGUUGGUUUAUUAUCAGAUAAAUUUGGUGGAGCAACAGUUGCUAGUAUUGCUUAUAUUGUUGCAGGAAUAUUUUGUUUAGCUAUGUGGAUUCCAGCAAGAAAUUAUGCAACUGCUGUAAUAUUUGCUUUAAUUGAAGGAGCUUUAAUGGGAUCUGUAUAUGCUGUUAUUGCUCCAGUAAUUGCAAGAACUUUUGGACUUGCUAAAAUGAAUGUGGUCUUUGCUCAGGUUUGGGUCUUGAUGGGUACAGCAGGUAUUUUUUCACCAGUUAUUGGUGCAAAAUUAGUCAAGGGAAGUGCUGCAUCAAUUGAUCCAACAGCUUAUCAAAAUUGUGCAAUAUUUGCAGGAAUUAUGUAUUUAGCAGCUGGUGGAUUUUUAUUAUUACUUCGAGGUUAUUUAAAAGCAAGAGAUCAUAUUUUUGAAAAAGAUGGACUUACGGAUUCUGAUUAUCAAGAUUAUACACUGGUAAGAGUUCCUGUAAUUGAUGUUUUUACGAAUAUUUUUGCAAAAAGUAAAGAAAAAGCUUAG